AUGGACCAUUUUCCCGACAAACAGCAGCUCCUCCGCCUCCUCACCUUCCUCUCCCUCCUCCUCCUCAUUCACUGCGGUAGGCUUAACCUUGACCCUUCAGACCUUCAAGCUCUCAUCACCGUCCAAACCCACCUCGGAAUGACUAAUGGAAGUGGCGGUAAUGAAAUGCAAUAUAAGGGAGUUCGGUAUGAUAAAUUGUGUACGGAAGAUCUUAAAGGGCAGGAGUUUAAGACUGUGGAGGAAGCUGAGUCCUUUUACAAUGCUUAUGCAAAGGCCAUGGGUUUUGAUAUUAGAAACGACUACAAGAGAUUAAGUACACGCAGAACAGGGAGAGUCACUUCAUUGCUGUUGGACUUGUACAACAAGUUAGAUUCAAAACGCCAAGAAAUUUUACUCGACGGCGAUGCAGAAGCUGUACUUGCAUAUAUGAGAGGCAAAGUUGCCACAGACUCCCAAUUCUACUGCAAGUUUAGCAUAGAUGAAAAUAACAGGUUGGCGAAUAUGUUUUGGAGAGACUCUAAGUCUCUGGUGGAUUAUACUUGUUUUGGAGAUAUUUUGGUGUUUGAUAGUACCUACAAAACCAAUCCUUAUGAGAAGUCGUUAGUGUUGUUUGUUGGUUUAAACAAUCAUUUAUCGACCACAGUUUUUUAUUUUUCAUUACUCAUGGAUGAAACGAUUGAGACUUACAUAUGGAUUUUGGAGAUCUUUAUAUCGUCUAUGAAUAACAAAAGGCAUAUUGCUGUCUUGACUGAUGGAGAUAAAGCAAUGCGAAGGGCUAUUGAAGUGGUACUACCUGGUUGUCCUUAUCGUUUGUGUACAUGGCACAUAGCAAAGAAUGUCCGAAGGCACCUGCGUAAGAAUAGUGUUUUUUAUGAAUUUAAACGUUGUAUGUGGGAUGAAAUAACUCCAGAUGGUUUUGAAAAAUGGUGGAAUGCUAUGGUUAACACACAUGGUCUCCACAAUAAAGAUUGGGUUAAGAUGAUGUAUGAAAAGAUGCAAAUAUGGGCUGAGGCAUUUAUUAGUGGCCAUUUUUUUGCCCGUAUGAGAAGCACUCAAAGAUGUAAAGGUAUGAACAGCUAUAUGAAGGGUUAUCUGAAAAGCGGUGUGAAAUUAUUUGAACUUAUUCUAGCACUUGAUAGGGCAUUGUUACGGCUUAGGAACAAGGUUUUGGAAGAGGCUUUUAGGUCCAAUAACUCUAGUCAUGUCCUUACUUCUUCACUUCAAAAAUUGGAACAUCAUGCAGGUACUAUAUUCACUGAUAGUGUGUUUGAGCAUGUACGUAAUGAGAUUGAUGGGGUCGACGAUUUCAUAACAUCUUGA